AUGCUCGACAACAUGCCACACCUGUGCCUAUCAAGUGACCAUCUGCGCUUCAUCCUUUUCAUUUUUCAUGAACUGGGAGUUCAUGGUGUGCCUUCCCUUAAGGCAUUUCGCAAGAAGCAAGAUGAGAUUGUGAAGAUUUGUGGCAUUAACACAGAUGCAAAGCGUACCUCAUUUAGCCAUGUCUUCUAUCAGAACUGA